UUCCGAAUAAAGGCGCACAACGUGGUGUGAUGACUCGUCUGGGUGAUGAAAGUUACAAGAGUAUUUUUCGCAAUUUUCAUGAAUAUCCCCUUCGUACAUACAUUUUCCACUCCGUUUAUUCCGAUCUACAAAUUUUUAUGAACGAAACAUCAAAACAAAUUAUUGGCACAACGGGAGCUGAUGGCAAAGUGGCUGAUUUGUUGGCAAGUAAAAUGAAUUUCACGAUGGAUCUUCAAUGGCCGGACGAUGCCUUUUUCGGCACACGCACGAAGAAUGGCAGUUACGAUGGAGCAAUUGGACGAAUGAUACGCUUCGAGACCGAUAUUAUAUUAAGUGGAUUCUUCAUAAAAGACUAUUUAACGCGCGAUAUUGCUUUUUCUUCUCCGGUUUAUAUGGAUGAACUUUGUUGUUAUGUGAAAAAAGCCAGUCGUAUACCGCAGUCAAUAGUUCCAUUGUUUGCCGUGAAAGUUGACAUUUGGAUUUCCUUUCUAUUCGUUGGUAUGCUCACGCCAUUUAUGUGGAUGUUGCUAAGACGUGUUAAUUUGGGUGCUAUGGCAAAGGGAUCUACCCGUUUGAAAUUGCAGAAGUUGCAGGCACAGGAAACUCGCCUACUAACUCAAAACCAUAAGCUGCAAUAUCUGCGCAUCUUUAUAGACACUUGGGUGAUGUGGGUGCGUGUCAAUAUUGUAAGUUAUCCACCCUUUAUAUCAGAACGAAUCUUUAUAGCUUCACUAUGUCUGGUUAGUGUGAUCUUUGGUGCACUUUUUGAAUCAAGUUUGGCAACUGUAUACAUACGACCAUUGCACUACAAGGACAUUAAUACGAUGAAAGAGUUGGAUGAGGCCAACAUAAUGAUAUAUAUAAAGCAUGGAGCUAUGAGAGACGAUCUCUUUUAUGGUCAUAGCUCUCAAAUAUAUCAGAAUCUGGAAAAGAAACUACUUUUGAUUGCCGAAUUGGAAGAGCGUCUUAUUCACACGAUGUCCAGAGGUGGUAAAUUUGCGUCUGUAACACGUGCCUCUUCACUCGAACUCGACGACAUACAUUAUUUCAUUACCAAGAAAAUACAUAAAAUACCCGAAUGUCCCAAAAGCUAUCACAUAGCAUUUGUGUUGCCUAGCAACUCGCCAUUGGAGAAGAGCUUUAAUAUAUUAUUACUUAAAUUUGUACAAGCAGGUCUUAUUGAUCAUUGGAUUGCAGAUAUGAUGUACAAUGCAAAGAUUAAAACUCGAAAUUUCGUCGGAUUUCUGGACGAAACUGGAGACAAAUGGAAAGUAUUAACGCUUAAUGAUUUGCAGUUAUCAUUUUACACAGUCAUAUGUGGUAGUGUGUUAGCGACCAUUGUAUUGUUAUUGGAAUUUAUCGCGCAUUGCAAAAAAAUUCGAAAUUUGUUGGGGAAAAUCGCAUAAUUAAUUUAGCUUUAAACAUUUUGACCGAUAAGUACUGUCUAACGACUCUGGCUCAGUGUUUGUUUUGAGCCACGUGCCGUGUACAAUUAACGAGCAGUGAAGGUUGAAGGAUAAGCGCACAGUCAUAGUUUCAUACAUGGAUUAUUAUUAUGUAGUUUUUAUGAUGUUCUUAAUACUAAGCUUGCAGCUUGUAGUUUUAAUACACAAUUAUAC